AUGAUGCAGGGUGCUAGCGCCGAGGGGAGGAACAACGGGGGCUCGCCGUCGGCGAUGGACGAGGGCAGCGCCAAGAAGGCGAGGCACGAGCUGCCCAACGGCCACGUGAAGCAAGAGGUCGCCGUGCAGGAGGCCGCCGGAGAAGGAGGCGCGGUCGUCGCGGCGGAGUACGGCUCGCCGGUGGAGCUCGCCGUGAGGAUCAACAUGCGCGUGCUCCACUGCCCUCUCUGCACCCGCCCGUUGAAGCCUCCAGUCCUCCAGUGCAAAGGCGGGCACUUGGCGUGUGGCGUCUGCGUCGCCGCGCUGCCACGCUGCCUGUGCAAGCUGUGCGUGGACGCCGACGGCGUCUUCGGCCUCUGCCCCGCGCUGGACGCGGUGGUGUCGUCGGCGAAGGUCGCGUGCCCCCACGACGGGUGCGGGCGGUUCGUCGUCUACCACGAGCUGGGCGAGCACCAGAGCGCGUGCGCGCACGCGCCGUGCAACUGCACGGAGCCCGGUUGCGCCGGCUUCGCGGCCUCGCCUGAGGCGCUCGCGGGCCACCUCGCGUCCACCCACGCCGUGCCCCUGAACACCGUCAAGUACGGCAAGGUCAGCCGGCUCCAGGUGCCGGCGUCGGUGCCGCGGCUCCUGCUCGUCGCCGAGGACGACGGGCGCGUGUUCCUGCUGACCGUGGGCGCGCUCGGCGGUGCCGGCACCACGGCCGUGUCGGUGGUCUGCGUCCGUGGGAGCGCGGUGGCGCGGCCAAGGUUCACGUGCAAGAUGUGGGUCAACCUGCCGCCGCCGGCGGCGGCGGCCGAGAACGGCGGCAAGUCGGACGCGGUCCUGGUGGAGAUGAUGGUGCGGAGCAGCACGUCGCCUGGCGCUGUGGUCGCCGCCGACCAGCCAACGUUCCUGUCGGUCCCGCCGAUGUACCUGGUUCCGCGUCCGGGCGACGACGGGCCGUCCAGGGAGAUGCCUCUCAGCAUCCGCAUCCAGAAGGUCUCCCCGUGGUCGUCCUGAUCCAUUUCUGCAGGUUUGGGACGUGUUCAUUGGGAAACCGCAGUUCAUCCUUAUCUUGGGAUCCUACUGAAACUAUCUGUGACUGUGAGCUGAACCUACCCGUGACAGUCACAGCUCUACUGAACUUAACUGUCACGUUAGGUGUUUAUGA